AUGGUUACUAUUGAAUAUUAUUCUUUACCAUUAUUCGAUUUCUCUAUGGAAAAAAAUUCAUACACCAUCGAUAUAACAAACACAAUCUUAACUUCACAAAAUAUCAACUCCUGUAAUUCUCAAGAUGAUGAGAAAAUAUUGUCUUCAGAACAAGGAUUUGAAAAUGAAAAAAAAAUCGAGAACGAAUUAAAUUAUAAAAACAAAUCUGAAGUUCUUCCUGUACCUAUAGUCAAUAUAUCAGGUUCAAACAGUAAUUACGCGACAGUGAUCAAUGAUGAUCCUAAAAAUUGGCCACCUACGAAAAAAUGGUGGAUCUUGUUUAUCGUGACCGUUUCGGGGAUGUUGUCACCUAUUGCUAGCACGAUUCUUUAUCCAGCAGUAAUAAUCCUACGUAAAGAAUUAGAUACCACUGAGAUAGUUGUCAAUUCUUUAGUAUGGGCUGCUUACUCUGAUAAAUUUGCAACAAGACGUAAAGUAUACUUAGCUUCCAUUAUAGUAUUCAUUAUCUCAACCAUAGCAUGUGCCGUUGCCACGAACAUUUGGUUGUUGCUGAUAAUGCGUGCUAUCCAAGCUUGUGGCUCUUCUGCUGUAUUAUCUAUUGGUUCUGGAAUUAUAAGUGAUAUUUAUGAUUCAACUGAAAGAGGUCACGCUUACGGUUUAUUUUAUUUAGCUUAUUGGAUUGGCCCAUUCGUGGGUCCAAUGUGUGGUGGUUACUUUACAGAAUACCUCAGUUGGAGAUGGAUGUUUUGGUUUUUAACCAUAUAUGGUGGUAUCAUAUUGUUAUUAAUUCUAUUUUCUCUACCUGAAACUUUUCGUAUGGUUUCAUCUUCAACCGAUAAUUCUUCCACAAUCCGAUUUAAUCCAAUUGCUCCAUUAAAGUUAUUACGAUAUCCAAACGUAACUUUAGUAAUAAUAUACAUAAGUAUAAUAUCUUCAAUAAUUCACCUUCAAUACAUUAGCGUUCCUCGGAACUUUUCCAAACGAUACAAUCUAUCUUCGUCAACUGUUGGUUUAUUAUUUAUUGCACCCGCUGCUGGAUGUGCAAUUGGUAGUCUCUUAGGUGGAAAAUACUCGGAUUUUGUGUUACGUAAAAAAAGAUCUGAAAAUGGUGACUUUAGCUAUCCAGAAAUGAGAAUUCAUAGUAUUUGGUUUGGUGCAUUUUUGGUUCCAAGCUCAUACCUUACUUAUGGAUGGUUAUUGGAAAAGAAUUUUAAUAUAAUAGUGUUGAUGAUAUUGUGGUUUUUUGGUAAAGUAUUUUUAGGUUCAUUAGGAACAUUGGUCGUUUUUAAUUCACUAUCUACAUACUUGGUAGAUGCAUAUCCAACACGUAGCGCGUCGGUAAUCGCACUAAACAAUUGUAUUAGAUUUAUGGUAGCAGGAACUGUGGCAAUUUUAGAGCCACUGAUGGAAGAUACUUUGGGUACAGGCUGGAUGUUCACUUUAAUGGUUUCUUUGGGUAUUAUUAGUACUUGUUUUAUAGUAAUCGUGUAUUUUAAAGGAAAAGAAUGGAGAGAAAAUGUGUUAUCUAAUUCAGAGACUUCAAAAAAAGAUUCAACUUUGAAAAAUGAAAAGUCAAAAUCUAGUAAAAAAAAAUGCAAAGAAAUUGGAUCUGUAGAAAAUGGUGACCCUUCCGAAUUAACUUCAAAGAACAAUAACAAGCAUGAAAAUAAUUCUAUUGUCGUCGAAAAAAGUUUAAAAAAAAAAAAGGUGAAAGAUAAAGAUGAAAAAACUACUGUUAGUAGUCCAUUCAAUGGAAAAUCACCGAAAACGAAGAAACAAAAGGUCGAAAAUGAUGCUUUGAAAUCUGAAAUAAAUGAUAAUAUUGUCACAAAUGAUAUAGAGACAACCUCUCAGUUUAAUGAAAGCGUAUCUGAAAAAAUAAAAGAAAUUCCAGAUCAUUUAAAAAUUUCUUCGUAUAGGAUUACGCAAACAACAAUUGAUUCGUUAAAACAACGUGGAAUUGAAUCAUUAUUUCCCAUACAAGCUGCUACCUUUGAUUUAAUUUAUGAUGGAAAAGAUGUUCUAGCUAGAGCUAAGACUGGAACUGGUAAAACACUAGCUUUUGCAUUACCCAUAACUGAAGUCCUCUUAAAGUCAAAUGAAGAGGGCAGCCUUAAAAAUGUUCAUCGUGGCCGUGCUCCAAAAGUCAUUAUUAUGACUCCUACGCGCGACCUUGCUAAACAAGUUUCAUCAGAAUUUGAAUCAAUAGCACCAAACUUAAAAGUUUUAUGCAUUUAUGGAGGUGUUGCAUAUGAUUUUCAAACUCAAGGCUUGCGUAAUGGUAUUGACGUUCUUGUUGGUACACCGGGUAGAGUUUUAGAUCAUAUUGAUCGUGGUAAUUUAAAGUUGGGUGAUUUGAAGUUCAUUUGUUUAGAUGAAGCCGAUCAAAUGUUAGAUAUUGGCUUCGCAGAAUCUAUGGAAACAGUUUUACAACAUGUAAAACAACAUAAAGAAAGUCAAAAUAAAGGCAUUGACUAUCAAACACUCUUAUUUUCGGCGACAGUUCCAGAUUGGGUAAAAAAUACCGUCAAAAAAUAUUUGAGGACUGAUUAUGUUAGUGUGGAUUUGACUAGAAAUACGGAUACGAAAACAAAUGAAAACAUUCGCCAUAUUGCUAUUCGUUCUACAUGGAAAUCAAGAAAAGAUAUCAUUGGUGAUGUUGUAACAUGCUAUGCUGGUUCAGGUUCAUGUGUAAUCUUUUGCAAUACCAAGAGUGAUGCAAAUGAACUUGUUCUUAAUGACAAACUCAAACAAGAUGCACGAGUAUUACAUGGUGAUAUUGUGCAAACGCAGCGAGAAAUCACAAUGAAAGCCUUUAGAGAAGGCAAAUUUAAAUGUAUUAUCUGUACUGACGUUUUGGCCAGAGGAAUUGAUAUUCCACAAGUUGAUUUGGUGAUCAAUUGUGAACCACCAAAAGAUAUUGAUAGUUAUGUACAUCGAGCUGGUAGGACAGCAAGAGCAGGACGACAAGGAAUUGCUUUAACAUUCUUUAAACCACAAGAAGAAAACCGUAUUUUGAAUAUUCAACGGUGUAUUGGUGUUACUUUUCAAAUUGUGGGUCCGCCUCAACCACAAGAUAUUAUUACUGCUACAGCAAAUGAUGCUGUAAAAAAUUUAGAAUCUGUUGAAAGCAAUGUAUUACCUUAUUUUUAUUCAACAGCCAAAGAAUUGAUAGAAUCUCAAGGUGCAAUAGGUGCUUUAAGUGCAGCAUUAGCUUAUAUGAGCGGAUAUUCUGGUGGAAUCAAGAAAAGAUCAUUAAUGUCCGCUGAUGAAGGAUAUACCACAUUAUUAUUUCGGUUUACAUAUCCAAUUCGGCAUACUAGUUAUGUUCGGAAUAUUUUUAGAAAACAUUUUACAGAUUUGCCAGAGGAUGCAGUUAAAAGAUUUAAUAUGACCAAAGAUAUGCAAGGUGUUGUGUGUGAUAUUUCAACACAAUAUUUAGAAAUUGAUGAAGAUGGACAUUUAAUUUUAGGAGGAAAGCAGUGGUAUGAUGCUGAAACUACUACAUUAGAAGUUGCUAAAGAAUUACCAGAACUAGUACAAACUAACAAGAGCUUUGAAAGAAAUGGUGGAUUUAGUAAUGGAUAUGGUAACAAUGGAUAUGGUAACAGUGGAUAUGGAAAUAAUAAUGGGUAUAAAAAUGGAUAUGGAAAUAAUAAUGG